UGACGAAAGCAUCUGUUCUCUUUCUGGCCCGGAGAAGCCCCGGUCGCGUCACCUCCCGCGCAGGCGCAGUGCGGCCCAGCCGGGCAUGUGUUGAGCCAAGAUUGCGGUAGGAAGAGCCGCAAAGAAGCAGGCGGCGGGCGCCGGAGCGAAGGGAGCAGCCAUGCCGAAGGGAGGGAGGCAGCCGCAGCAGCCCCAGGAGGAGUGGGUCGGGGACGAAGAAGAGAAGCGCUUCCCCGGAGAGGGCGCUGGAGACAAAGUGGUAAAGAAGGGGAAGAAGGAUAAAAAGACCAAAAAGUCGUUCUUUGAGGAAUUGGCUGUGGAGGAGAAACAUGCCAGUGAGGAGCAAGCAGCUGAGAAAGAGGAACAGCAGCAGCAGCAACAACAGCCCCAGCAAAAGAAGCGACGAGACAAGAAAAAAGACAGAAAGAAAAAAGAGGCAGAAGACGACGACGACGAGAACCAGCUGAUUGAGCGGCUGAAGAAGCUGUCGGCCCAAGCCAGUGAUGAGGAAGAAGAAGCGCCUCUCCCCAUCAGCAAAGCUGGCAAGAAAAAGAAGAGGGGAAAUGUCUUUGCCGCCUUGAGCCAGGAUCAGAGUGAGGAGGAAGAAGAAGACGGCAAAGAGGAACCGCCGAAACCAACCAGACCUGACAAGAAUAAGAUCAACAAGGCUGCUUCAGAUGAUGAAAAGGAGAAGAAACCAGGCCAGAAAGGGCCAAAAGCCAAGCAGAAGGAAGAGGAGGAAGACACAAAGAGGAAGAGUAGGAAAAAUGAGAAGAACAAAGGAAAACAGGAGAGAGGGGGUCCAGCCAUUGCUAUCCUGGCUCAGAGCGAUGAGGAGGAAGACAACGAAGAGUUAAAGAAACCCAAGGAGAAAGCUAAGACUGCGACCAAACAGGCUGCAGGGAAGAAGAAUCAGCCGACCAAGAACAUGUUUGCCGCUCUAGAGGCAGAGGAGAUAGACGACGAGGAAGAGGAGGAUGAGGAUGACCAAGAGGAAGAGGCCACAAAGGGCAAAGAGAAGCCCAAACAGGGCAGCCAGCCGCAGUCGGAAGAGGAGGGAGAGGAAGGGGAGAAGAAGGAAGACGAUCCCUACGCCCAUCUCAGCAAAAAGGAGAAGAAGAAGCUCAAGAAGCAGCUGGAGUUUGAGCGGCAGGUGGCAACCUUAAAAGCAGCCAGCGCGGCAGAGAACGACUUUUCGGUGUCCCAAGCGGAGGUGUCCUCACGGCAGGCCAUGCUGGAGAACGCCUCUGACAUAAAGCUGGAGAAAUUUAGCAUCUCGGCUCACGGCAAAGAGUUGUUUGUCAACGCAGAUCUAUAUAUUGUGGCCGGGCGCCGAUACGGCCUGGUGGGGCCUAAUGGGAAAGGCAAAACCACCUUGCUGAAACAUAUAGCCAACCGGGCCUUGAGCAUUCCUCCCAAUAUUGAUGUCCUGCUCUGUGAACAAGAGGUGGUUGCAGAUGAGACCCCCGCGGUGCAGGCUGUGCUCAAGGCCGACACCAAGCGGCUGAAGUUGCUGGAGGAGGAGAAGCGUCUGCAGACGCUGCUGGAGAAAGGGGACGACGGGGCUGCAGAGCGGCUGGAAAAGGUCUAUGAGGAAUUGCGGGCCACAGGAGCCGCAGCAGCUGAGGCAAAAGCCCGGAGAAUCCUGGCAGGUUUGGGCUUCAAUCCUGAGAUGCAGAACCGGCAGACCAAGAAGUUCUCCGGAGGCUGGCGGAUGAGAGUGUCCCUGGCCAGAGCGCUGUUUAUGGAGCCCACACUGCUGAUGCUCGACGAGCCCACCAACCACUUGGAUCUCAACGCCGUCAUCUGGCUUAACAACUACCUCCAAACAUGGAAGAAGACCCUCCUUAUUGUCUCUCACGACCAGGGUUUCCUGGACGACGUGUGUACGGAUAUCAUCCAUCUGGACAUGCAGAAGCUUUUCUACUACCGGGGAAAUUACAUGACUUUCAAGAAGAUGUAUCAGCAGAAACAGAAGGAGCUUCUGAAACAGUACGAGAAGCAAGAGAAGAAACUGAAAGACCUCAAGGCCGGAGGGAAGUCAACAAAGCAGGCAGAAAAGCAGACCAAGGAGGCCCUGACCCGAAAACAGCAGAAGUGCCGUAAGAAGAACCCGGAUGAAGAGGCGAGCGAGGUGCCUGAGCUGCUGAAGCGGCCAAAGGAGUACACUGUUAAAUUCACCUUUCCAAACCCACCACCCCUCAGCCCACCCAUUCUGGGCUUGCAUGGUGUGGACUUCUGUUAUGAGGGGCAGAAGCCUCUCUUCAAAAAUUUGGACUUUGGAAUUGACAUGGAAUCUAGAAUCUGUAUUGUGGGCCCUAACGGCGUCGGGAAAAGUACGCUGCUGUUGCUGUUAACGGGUAAAUUGACGCCGACAAGAGGGGAAAUGAGAAAAAACCACAGGCUGAAAAUCGGGUUCUUCAACCAGCAGUAUGCCGACCAGCUGAAUAUGCAGGAAACGGCAACAGAGUACCUGCAGCGCAACUUCAACCUGCCCUACCAGGAUGCCCGCAAAUGCCUCGGGCGGUUUGGCCUGGAGAGCCACGCCCAUACCAUCCAGAUCUGCAAGCUCUCUGGGGGACAGAAAGCCCGUGUGGUCUUUGCCGAAUUGUCUUGCAGGGAACCAGAUGUCCUCAUUUUGGAUGAACCGACGAAUAACCUGGAUAUUGAGUCAAUCGAUGCCUUGGGCGAUGCCAUCAAUGAGUAUAAAGGAGCCGUGAUCGUUGUGAGCCACGAUGCCCGGCUUAUCACGGAGACCAACUGCCACCUUUGGGUGGUGGAAGACCGCUCUGUCAACCAGAUAGACGGCGACUUUGAAGACUACAAGCGUGAAGUGCUGGAGGCCUUGGGCGAAGUCCUGGUCAAUCGGCCCCGGGAGUGAGGAUGAAAGAGGCGGGGACUCUUCGGUAUAGGCCCCGCCUCCCUCGGUUUUCCUAGCAGAAGCUCCUCCCUUUCCUCGAGAAGCAGGACUCUAUUUAUCUGACAGCUAAGGGAGGAAAGAGUGAGCAUUGAGAAGGAGCUUACAGCUCCAUCUUACUCUUCCCUCGCCGCCACCAGCAGGAAAGUUAAAAGUGUUUGAGGGGGUUGGAAAAGUGCAGAUGUGCCUCCCAG